CUUUACUCUUCAUUUAAAUAUUUUAAUUUAUAUUUAGACAUGGAUAGGAAAGGAGAAAAAAAUAACCAUUAAUGUAAGCAAUAGUCAGUUAUACUGUGCAGAAGAUCACUGCUUUCUUUUAUUCCUUUUCUUCCAGGAUUUUAUCUUUAAGUAAACAAUUCACUUGGUUUUGUAUAUAUUACUUUGUACUUAUCAACCAAUCAUAUGUAAAUGGAAUAGAUUUAUGCGGAAAACGAAUUCUAUCCACAGGAUCUUUACAAUCUUUCAGUGUAUUUCAACUGUCGUUUAUGUGUUGGGCAUGAUAUUCAUAGCAGUUCAAUAUCUGUCUAGGCUGAACAUAUUGAGGAUAACACCUUAAAUCUCCAGUAGUUGUUCUAACAACUUCACUAAAUUAUGUCAGAUAUCAUAUUAUCAGAAGAAAACCUACCCAAUCAAUUAUUUGAAUGUAAAAGGCUAAAAAACCCAAAACAUAUUCGAUUUUGUGCUUCUCCGUUUACAUUUUCACCUGACUCAAAUACAUUUUUUCAAGAAUUUAGUAUUUACCCGACCUAUUUGAAUGUCAGCUGUUCAUCUAAUAUAGAGAUUAGUAAUAUUGUCAGUCUAGGUAGAAAAUGCUAUCCACUGCAUGGAAAUAAUGCUCGUAACUGUUGUCGCCUAUUGUGCAUAAAUCAUAAUACAUCAAUAAUUCAUGAAGAUUCAAAGCAAAAUUCAUUCAACACGAAUCCAAAUAAAUCAGACUAUUUAUAUAGAAACUUAUUUGACCAGGAUUUUAUUGAAUCUCAUUGUAAGCGAUGUGAAGAGCCAUUUACGCAUGAUGAAAACAUCGUUUCCGUGAGAGAUGGAGUCUAUCAUCCAACGUGUUUUGUAUGUGCCCAAUGUUUCCAGCCUUUGUCAAACAAAGAGUUUUAUGAGUUCGAGGGUCGUAGGUACUGCAAAUAUGAUUUUCAAGUAUUAUUUGCACCUUUCUGUUUUAAAUGCGGUGAAUUUAUAAUGUCAAAAGUUGUGAAAGCGGUGAGUCGAAGUUGGCAUCCAGAAUGUUUAAUCUGUGAUGAAUGUGGAGUUCAGCUUGUUAGCAAAGGCUUUCAGCGACACAAAAGUAGGAUUUUAUGUAAAGACUGCUGGCCUGUUGUAUGUCAAGAGUUGGUGGGAUGUCAUAUCUGUCAAACUUGUAACAAACCAAUUGAAGUUGACAAGCAUAUCAAGUACAUGGGAGAUUUCCAUCACCCACAUCAUUUCCACUGUUUCGACUGCAAAGAAGAACUCGGUCCAGAUGCACAUGAACGUGGAGGUGAACUGUAUUGCUUAAGAUGUUUCGGUCGAUCGGGUAUACCAAUAUGCUCCGCAUGCAGACGUCCAAUAGGAGGACGGAUAGUUUGGGCACUUGGAAAAGUUUGGCAUGUCGAACAUUUUGUAUGCCAUCACUGUGAAAUACCGUUUAUGGGCAGCCGCUUUUAUGAAUGGCAAGGGCAUGCUUAUUGUCUUCUCCACUAUCAGUCUAAAAUUGGAAGUAUUUGUCAUAUUUGUACAAAGCCUGUUACUGGUAUAUUGGCCAAAUUCACAAAUAAAAUCUACUGUCCUGAACACUUCCGGUGUUCAUUAUGUGACAGAAAACUAGAUGAAAAAUCUAAACUAUAUGAAAUCGAUUUGAAACCGGUAUGCAAAGAAUGUUAUGACAAACUACCAAUGCACUGGAAAAAGACUCUGGCAAAAAUUCAUCGAACAGACAGACAAAAAUGGAGUGACUGA